UAUAUUAUCUUAUCAAUACAUGUACAAUUGCAUGAUUUAUAUUAUUAGAUUUACCAAAUAACUCAAAUAUUGCUUAUCAUCUUAUCUGGAGUACAACUGAUAUGAUAUGAAAUAUGGAAAGUAAGCAACAAGCACCAGCAGAUCACUAACAGAAUCCAAAUCAAUCGCAUACCGAGGACUUGUGGCAUUAAAAACCACAUACUAUAUACAAAGUAUUGGGGAUAAGCUAAGUCACCAUGCCUUUUUUUACACCAUCAAGAGUUGCAAAAAUUGCAUAUAAUGUUGGCGCAAAAGUUGUGGACCCAGAGGGAUCUGCCAAAGCUGCAGAAAAUGAACAAAUUCGUAAGCAGGAAAAGAAGGACAUGAGGGCAGAUUUUAAGGCACAGAAGAAAGAAAUGAAGGGGAACAGAAGAGGCAGGGGCCAGGCCGCAGCACCAAGUCAGCCUCCAGCUGGAUAUGGGUACCCACAGCAAGGUUACUAUCCCCAGCCAGGUUAUGGAGGCUAUCCUCAGCCCCAACAAGGUGGUUACCCCCCUCCCCAACAAGGCACAUACCCCCAGCCUCAGCAAAGUAGAUAUCCACCUCCCCAACAAGGUGGAUAUUACCCCCCUCAAUCAGGUUAUGCACCCCAGGGACCACCACAGAGAGGACCACAGGCAGCUUACCCAGGUUACCCUGGCCCUCCACCAGCAUAUGCCAAUGCUUCAGCACCACCACCAUACUAAUGGGAUAAAAAUAAUGCUCCAAACUUUG